CGGGAGGGCCGGCGCGGGGAGGGCUCACCAGGGGCGCAGGAGCCCGGCAGCCUCGCUCGCUGGCUCCCACUCGCUGGCUGGCUGGUGCUGCGGAGCGCACAGCGGGCGCGCGGGGCGGGCGGCGAUCCUGACGGCCGGCGAGGAGGAGGCGAGCGUCUCUGGGCCCUGCCCGCAGCACCUGCGCCCCCCCCCGCCCGCCGCCCCCCGAGAUGCCCAACUUCUCCGGCCACUGGAAGAUGAAGAGCUCCGAGAACUUCGAGGACCUGCUCAAGGCGCUGGGGGUCAACGUGAUGCUCCGGAAGAUCGCCGUGGCUGCAGCCUCCAAGCCGGCCGUGGAGAUCAAGCAGGACGGGGAGCGCUUCUACAUCAAGACCUCGACCACGGUGCGCACCACGGAGAUCUCCUUCAAGGUUGGCGAAGAAUUCGAGGAGCAGACGGUGGACGGGCGGCCCUGCAAGAGCUUGGCCAAAUGGGAGAGUGACAAUAAGAUGGUCUGUGAGCAGCGGCUGCUGAAGGGGGAAGGGCCCAAGACCGGCUGGUCCCGAGAAAUGACCAACGAUGGGGAUCUCAUCCUGACCAUGACUGCGGACGAUGUGGUGUGCACCAGGAUCUACACCCGGGAGUGAAGCCUGUUUGUGUGUGUGUGUGUGUGGGAGAGAGAGAGAGAGAGAAUAGGGCCCCGGGGGGGUGGGGGUGGCGUGGUCUCUGUCUUGGGACCAUGAGCUCUAUUGUCCAAACCCCACGGCCAUCUAGGGCAGUGGGGGGAGGGGGUGUCCAUCAACAACAGACAGAGGCUGCCCCUGUUUGGAAAAGGAGCCGUGGAGUCUGGGAUCGGACCUGGGGAUCGGGAGGCGGGGGGGGCUCCUUUUCUCAGCUGCCCUCAGUCUGGAAUGAGGUCUUCCCAUUCCCCCCCCCACCCCAAGUGAAUCAGCAGGCUGGGCUCAGCCACCUUUUUGGGGCCAGUCACUUUUCAUGAAAUGCCCCCCCCCCCCGGGGUCUCCCCCGCCCCCCAAGAACUGCUCGGAUUUUGUUUUUGCCAAACGGACACAUAUCUCCCCCCCGUGUGUGUGUGUGUGUGUGUGUGCGCCCCCUCCACACUGAAUUCUUGUGGGAAAGGAGACGCGCUCAGCUGGGAGUCAGCCGGCCCCACCCACGCCGAACCCCGAUCGUAGACCUUUUCUCCAUCUUCUGUCACAGUAGUUCUAUGACGACGACGCUCUUAGAAGUAUUUAUUGCCACUUCUGUAUGAAGAGACCGUUCCCCCCCCCUCCGCCCGCAGGUGCCUGUUAGGCCCACCUUUAUUUAGAACUCUCUUCCCCCCCACUUCCUUGCUAAUAAACAUCUUUGUCCAGUCGA